AUGUACGGCACAGGAACAGGCCCUCAAACGGGCGUUUCCACUCCUCGAUCCUCUGCCUCUCUACGACCUUUGACCAUCUCCCACGGCUCACUUGAGACGUCAUUUCUCGUCCCGACAGCCCUUCAUUUCCAUGCCUCCCAGCUGAAGGAGCGCUUCAGCGCAAGCUUGCCUGAGCCCACAGAUGAGCUUGCCCAAGAUGACGAGCCGUCAUCGGUACCCGAGCUCGUGGCCAGAUACAUGGGCUUCAUCGCAAAUGAGGUCGAAACUGGCGAGGAUGACUCGGCGGGAUCCUAUGAAGAGGUCCUAAAGAUCAUCUUGAACGAGUUUGAGCGCGCCUUCUUGCGAGGAAACGAUGUUCACGCGCUCGUUGCUCCAUUACCUGGCAUAGAUGCGAAGAAGUUAGAGGUUCUUCGCAGCUACUACGCCGCUCGAUCAGCUUCAAACCGAACUAUCAAGCCGCACCAGUCGGCACUGUUCCGGGCCGCCGAGGACGGAUCCGCGACAAUCUACAACAUCUUUGGUGGCCAGGGAAACAUCGAAGAGUACUUCGAAGAGCUACGUGAGCUCUGGCAGACGUAUCCAUCUUUCGUUGGGGAGUUGAUUACCACUUCCGCAGAGCUCCUCCAGAAUCUUUGUAACGAGCCGGGAGCUGAGAAGUUGUUCUCAAAGGGUCUGGACGUCAUGUCAUGGCUUCAGAACCCUGAUGCGACCCCUGACAUUGAUUACUUGAUCUCGGCUCCAGUUAGUUUCCCGUUGAUUGGAUUGGUUCAACUGGCACAUUACGAAGUGACGUGCAAGUCCUUGGGCGUUCACCCAGGUAUUCUGCGCGACAGGAUUAGCGGUGCCACUGGUCACUCCCAAGGCGUUGUCCUAGCAGCUGCAACCGCAGCAGCUGAUUCAUGGGAUUCUUGGGAAGGGAUUGUCAGAUCUGCGCUCACAAUUCUUUUCUGGAUCGGUGCUCGAAGUCAGCAGACAUUCCCCCGAACGUCUAUGACACCGUCAAUGUUGCGCGAUUCUAUCGACAAUGGCGAAGGCACACCCACUCCCAUGUUGAGCAUCCGAGAUCUGUCUCAAGCUCAGGUGCAAAAGCACAUUGAUGCCACCAACCAAUAUCUCCCAGCCGAUCGCCACAUCGCAAUUUCGCUCAUCAAUAGUCCUCGCAAUAUGGUUGUGACGGGUCCGCCGAUUUCACUGUAUGGUCUCAAUUUGCAGCUCCGCAAGGUCAAAGCACCUACUGGUUUGGACCAGACUCGUAUUCCCUACACCGAGCGAAAGGUUCGAUUUGUGAACCGUUUCCUCCCGAUUACGGCUCCUUUCCACAGUAAUUAUCUCGCCGAGGCCACAGAACUCAUUGAUGAGGAUCUGAAGGACAUCGAAAUCAACGCCAGCAACCUUGGAAUUCCUGUAUAUGACACAAACACUGGCAAGGAUAUUCGAGAAGAGGUCCAGGGCAACAUUGUUCCCACCUUGAUCCGCCUCAUUACCCGUGAUCCUGUCAACUGGGAGAAGGCAACUGUCUUUCCCAACGCGACACAUGUUCUCGACUUCGGCCCUGGUGGCAUCUCGGGACUUGGUAUACUCACCAGCCGUAACAAGGAAGGAACUGGUGUCCGUGUGAUCCUUGCCGGAUCUGUCAACGGCUCAGUGACCGAGGUGGGCUAUAAGCCAGAGCUGUUUGAUCGUGACGAGGAACACGCUGUGAAAUUUGCCAUCGACUGGGUCAAGGAAUUUGGUCCCCGGCUGGUCAAGACAUCUAGUGGACAAACCUUCGUUGACACAAAGAUGAGCAGGCUCUUGGGAAUUCCGCCAAUCUUGGUGGCUGGCAUGACCCCGGCAACAGUUCCAUGGGACUUUGUAGCUGCCACUAUGAACGCUGGUUAUCAUAUUGAACUGGCUGGUGGCGGUUACUAUAACGGCAAGACGAUGACUGAGGCUCUUGAGAAGAUCGAGAAGGCUAUCCCGGCUGGUCGCGGAAUCAGUGUCAACCUGAUUUAUGUUAACCCUCGCGCCAUGGGUUGGCAGAUUCCUCUACUCGGAAGACUGAGAGCCGAGGGUGUGCCUAUCGAGGGUCUCACUAUCGGAGCAGGUGUGCCGUCCAUCGAAGUCGCUCAGGAGUAUAUCGAAACCCUAGGCCUCAAGCACAUUUCUUUCAAGCCUGGCUCAAGCGAGGCUAUCCAAGCAGUCAUCAACAUUGCCAAAGCCAACCCAAGUUUCCCGGUCAUGAUGCAGUGGACCGGCGGCCGAGGCGGUGGCCAUCACUCGUAUGAAGACUUCCAUCAGCCCAUCCUUAACAUGUAUGGUCGUAUCAGAAGACAAGAGAACAUCAUCCUCGUUGCCGGCAGCGGUUUCGGUGGUGCAGAGGAUACUUAUCCAUACAUUACCGGAGAGUGGUCCAGGAAGUACGGCUACCCACCCAUGCCUUUCGAUGGCUGCUUGUUUGGUAGCCGCAUGAUGGUUGCCAAGGAAGCUCACACUAGCAAAAACGCGAAGAAGGCAAUCAUCGAAGCUCAAGGUCUUGAGGAUACCGAGUGGGAGCAGACCUACAAGGGCCCUGCUGGUGGCGUCAUUACUGUCCGAUCCGAGAUGGGUGAGCCCAUCCACAAGCUCGCUACUCGGGGAGUUCGCUUCUGGGCUGAAAUGGACCAGAAGAUCUUCAGCUUGCCCAAGGAGAAGCGUGUACCCGAACUCAAGAAAAACCGUGAUUAUAUCAUCAAGCGGUUGAAUGAUGAUUUCCAAAAGGUAUGGUUCGGCCGAAACAAGGCUGGUCAGACUGUCGAUCUCGAGGACAUGACUUAUGCCGAGGUUGUUCGCCGUAUGGUUGAGCUUCUGUACGUCAAGCACGAGUCUAGAUGGAUUGACAAGUCAUUUGCCAAGCUCACUGGUGACUUUAUCCAUCGUGUUGAAGAGCGCUUCACCACCAUUCCAGGAAAGGCUUCUCUUCUUCAGAGUUACGCAGAUCUGGAUGAGCCUUUCUUAGCAGUCGAGAGAAUCCUGUCUCAUUACCCCGAGGCAGAGACCCAAAUCAUCAACGCCCAAGAUGUGCAGCACUUCUUGCUCCUCUGCCAGAGACGCGGUCAGAAGCCAGUGACCUUCGUUCCUUCUCUAGACGAGAAUUUCGAGUUUUUCUUCAAGAAGGAUUCGCUGUGGCAGUCUGAGGAUCUCGAGGCCGUCAUUGACCAAGAUGUUGGACGUACCUGUAUUCUACAGGGCCCGACUGCGGCCAAAUAUUCAACCGUUGUUGAUGAGCCCAUCAAAGACAUCCUUGAUGGGAUCCACAACGCUCAUAUCGCUGGUCUUACUCAGGACUUCUAUGGUGGUAAUACUUCCUCGAUCCCUACCAUUGAGUAUUUCGGUGGCAAGCUCAUUGAAAAUGAGAUCCCCGUCGACGAGAUGGAAGGCUUGAUCGUGUCCUACGAUGAGAACAAGAACACCUAUCGUCUCUCGUCAUCAGCCACGGUGCCUUUGCCAUCCGAAGAGUACUGGCUGUCUCUCUUGGCAGGGUCUAACCGUUCAUGGCGCCAUGCUCUUUUGACCUCAGAGGUUCUUGUCCAGGGUCAGAAAUACCAGACGAACCCGAUGAAGAGAAUUUUCGCCCCUACGCGUGGUCUAUUCGUUGAGAUUCAGUACCCAAAUAAUCCUUCCAAGACAGUCAUCACUGUCAAGGAACAACCUCGUCACAACCAUUACGUCGAUGUCAUCGAGGUGAAGCUCGUCAACAAGAAUGAGAUCAUUGUCAACAUGAUCAAGGAAACCACUGCGUUGGGUAAAGCAGUGCCGCUGCCACUCAAAUUCAUUUAUCACCCCGAGGCCGGCUAUGCUCCUAUUCAUGAGGUCAUGGAAGGACGCAAUGACCGCAUUAAGGAGUUCUACUGGCGUGCGUGGUUUGGUGAUGAUGCCUUGGACCUCGAUGCUUCCGUGACAGGCGAAUUCGAUGGCGGUAAAGCUGUUGUUACAGCUGACGCUAUCAAAGACUUUGUCUAUUCUGUCGGUAAUACUGGUGAAGCCUUCGUUGACAGACCGGGCAAGGUCGUGUAUGCACCGAUGGAUUUUGCCAUUGUGGUUGGUUGGAAAGCUAUCACUAAGCCCAUCUUCCCUAGGACCAUUGAUGGUGAUCUUCUGAAGCUGGUUCACCUUUCUAACGAGUUCCGCAUGAUGCCUGGCGCUGAACCACUGAAGAAGGGUGACGAGCUGUCCACAACUGCUCAAGUCAAUGCCGUCAUCAACCAAGAGUCAGGAAAGAUGGUUGAGGUCUGUGGUACCAUUGUGCGUGACGGUAAGGCCGUUAUGGAGGUUACUUCACAGUUCCUCUACCGUGGUGUAUACACCGACUUUGAGAACACUUUCCAACGAAAGACGGAAACACCCAUGCAGAUCCAUCUGGCCACCACCAAAGAUGUUGCGGUCCUACGAUCUAAACAGUGGUUCUUACUUGAUGAGCAGCAACCGGAUGUUGAUCUCCUUGGACAAACCCUGACCUUCCGGCUGCAAUCACUCGUCCGUUUCAAGAAUAAGACGGUUUUUAGCAGCGUAGAGACCCGAGGACAAGUUCUACUUGAACUGCCAACCAAGGAAAUCAUCCAGGUUGCAAGUGUUGAGUACGAGGCUGGCGAGUCGCACGGAAACCCGGUGGUUGACUACCUGCAGCGCAAUGGUUCAUCUAUUGAGCAGCCGAUCAACUUCGAGAAUCCCAUCCCUCUCAGUGGUAGAUCGCCCCUACAACUAAAGGCUCCGGCAUCCAACGAGGGUUAUGCUCGCGUAUCAGGCGACUACAACCCUAUUCAUGUGUCUCGUGUGUUUGCCAGCUAUGCAAAUCUUCCUGGCACUAUCACCCACGGAAUGUACUCAAGCGCUGCUGUUCGAAGCUUGGUUGAAACCUGGGCUGCCGAGAACAAUAUUGGCCGUGUUCGCAGCUUCCAUGCUUCUCUGGUUGGCAUGGUUCUACCUAACGAUGACAUUCAAGUCAAGCUUCAGCAUGUUGGCAUGGUUGCUGGCCGCAAGAUCAUCAAGGUCGAGGCCAGCAACAAGGAGACCGAAGAGAAGGUCCUGCUUGGAGAGGCCGAAGUUGAACAGCCUGUCACCGCAUAUGUCUUUACUGGACAAGGUUCUCAGGAACAAGGUAUGGGUAUGGACCUGUACGGCAGUAGCCCCAUUGCAAAGGAAGUCUGGGAUCGGGCAGACAAGUAUCUCAUGGAUACUUACGGUUUUGCUAUUACCAAUAUUGUAAAGAACAACCCAAAGGAACUUACCAUUCACUUCGGUGGUCCUCGUGGCAAGGCUAUUCGCCAGAACUACAUGGCAAUGACGUUCGAGUCGGUUGCGUCGGACGGCUCUAUCAAGUCGGAGCGCAUCUUCAAAGACAUUAACGAGACUACAACCUCAUACACGUAUCGGUCACCCACUGGCCUGCUAUCUGCCACCCAGUUCACUCAGCCUGCCCUGACCCUCAUGGAGAAGGCCAGCUUUGAGGAUAUGAAGGCUAGAGGAUUGGUACCCCGCGACAGCACAUUCGCUGGACACUCUCUGGGUGAAUACUCUGCUCUCGCAGCCCUCGCCGACGUCAUGCCUAUCGAGUCCCUCGUGUCUGUCGUCUUCUAUCGUGGCUUGACCAUGCAGGUCGCCGUCGAACGUGACGCACAAGGCCGAUCCAAUUACUCCAUGUGCGCUGUCAACCCCAGCAGGAUCUCCAAGACUUUCAAUGAGGAGGCUCUUCGAUUUGUUGUUGCCAAUAUCGCGGAGGAGACUGGUUGGCUCCUGGAGAUCGUCAACUACAAUAUUGCCAACAUGCAGUAUGUUUGUGCCGGCGACUUGAGAGCUCUCGACACCCUUACCGGUGUCACCAACUUCCUCAAGGUCCAGAAGAUCGAUAUCGAGAAGAUGCGAGCGGAGCUGUCCAUUGAGCAAGUCAAGGAACACUUGGUGGAGAUCAUCCGUGGCUGCGCCCAGCAGACCGAAGCCAAGCCGCACCCAGUCGACUUACAGCGUGGCUUUGCCACCAUUCCUCUGCGUGGCAUCGAUGUGCCUUUCCAUUCUACUUUCCUGCGCUCCGGUGUCAAGCCUUUCCGAUCCUUCCUGCUCAAGAAGAUCAACAAGACAACAAUUGAUCCAGCGAAAUUGGUCGGCAAGUACAUUCCCAAUGUGACAGCCAGGCCAUUUGCUAUUACAAAGGAGUACUUUGAGGAUGUAUAUCGCCUAACCAACUCACCUCGCAUUGGGCAUAUCCUCGCAAAUUGGGAGCAAUACCAGAGUGACAAUGCAGUGAAUGGCGUCAAUGGCGAGUCACACGAGGAUGGAGUCAAUGGUGUGAAUGGAGUCCAAGCCUAA